AUGGAUUUUUUCCCUCAACCAUCCGGGUUUGCUGCCUCAUUACCUAAAGAAGAGGUCCCAAAGAUUGCUACCGACUCUAGCAGAGUGGACAAGUCUGCCAAAGCAGAGCUUGAAAGAGCCCAGAUGACAAUUUUCUAUGCUAGGAAAGCAAUCGUGUUCAACGAAUUUCAGACCGAGAAGGCCAAGGAAGUCAUGCGCUUAGCAAGCCAGGGAAGCUCCCAGAGCAAUCCCAACAGCCAGAAUGCAUUUGCUGCUUCUAAAUUGGCCAGGAUUGAUUCCAACAGUACAAUUGGUACUAGCUCUACAAUUGUUCCUCCUAGUUUAGACAACAAAACGAUUCUUGAACACAUUUAA